UCCGCUUGGUUUGCCGUCCGUCGCGUCGUACAGUAAUGGAGCAUUGAUUAUUUCACGGAAUCGAUUUAAAUUGAAUUAAAGUUUAUCUUUUCCCGGUCCCAAUUGUGUGUUCAAAGUGUAGUGUAUCCUGUUUAAGUAUAUUUUAUUGCGUUUAUUCAAUUUUUAUACAAUAAAAGCAGAUUUUCUGCGUUGCCCUCCUUUGUGUUACCCAAGAUGGAAGAUGGUGAUGCCAAAUCGGGUAAAAAUUCCCCCAAAACGGAGGAUAAGUACGGCAACUGUUAUUGUGCAAAGGAGAGGAAUCUCAAUAUUGUGGAGCUGUUGUGCGUAACGUGUAACCGUUGGUUUCAUGAAUCCUGCAUAGGGUUUCAGCUGGGUCGGCUGGUUCCGUUCAUAAUGAAUUACGUUUUCGUGUGUAAAAAUUGCUCCGUUACGGGGUUGGAGAGUUUCCGAAAGACCCAAGCCACGAUACCGCAGAUGUGCAUGACGGCCAUCGCCAACCUGCAGCAAACGUCGAUCAAGGACGGCAAACCGAAGGUAAUGUUUAGCAAGGAUCGGGACAUCAUUCCCUUCAUGGAUCACUACUGGGAAUCGAUGACGACCAUGAGUCGCCGGUCAACGCAAUCGUGGUACGCGACGGUGCAGAGGACGCUGCUGAAGGAUAUCAACUCGCUGUUUGCAUACGAAGAGACCAGCGACGGGCAGAUGUACGGGCUGGUAACGCCGGAUUUAACCCAAAUGAAGCCUAACUAUGACGAGGCCACUGCACAAGGUACUCAAAAUUUGGCUAAGGCCGGUCGUCAGCAGAAGCGAAAGUUCCCCAACAGCGACCAGGGUGGAACGCUUGGGAAGAAAAGUCGUGUCGGAACGGAACUGGCACUGGUGAAACUUCCUGCUCACGGAUACCCGCUGGAACAUCCCUUCAACAAAGAUGGCUAUCGGUACAUACUAGCCGAACCGGAUCCACAUGCUCCGUUUCGGCAGGAGUUUGAUGAGAGUGCCGACUGGGCCGGAAAGCCAAUUCCCGGGUGGUUGUAUCGGGUCCUAUCGCCGAAUGCGGUUCUGGUAGCAUUGCACGAUCGGGCACCGCAGUUGAAAAUUGCGGAGGAUCGCCUAUCGGUUACCGGCGAGAAGGGAUACUGCAUGGCUCGGGCCACACACUUUGUCACUCGUGGUUGCUGGUACUGGGAAGCAACGGUGGAGGAUAUGCCGGAAGGAUCUGCCUGCCGGCUAGGGUGGGGUCAGGAAUACGCCAAUCUACAAGCACCGCUCGGGUACGACAAGUUUGGCUACUCAUGGCGUUCACGCAAGGGAACUCGCUUUCAUGAAUCUCACGGAAAGCACUACUGUGAUGGUGGAUAUGGAGUCGGCGAUACACUGGGCUUUAUGUUAGUGCUUCCGGACUCGAACCCCGCUGGACACAUUCCUAGUACGUUCAAGGAUCGACCAUUGGUAAAGUUCAAGAGCCAUCUGUACUACGAAGAGAAGGACAAGGUGACGGAAACGUUGAAGUCGUUGAAGGUGUUGCCGGGUAGCAAGAUAUACUUCUUCAAGAAUGGCAUCUGUCAGGGGGAGGCAUUUACGGACGUGUACGGAGGGGCGUACUAUCCAGCCAUUUCGAUUCACAAGAGUGCAACGGUUAGCAUGAAUUUCGGUCCGAAUCUUAAGCAUCCGGAAGUGGUGGAACAAUUCAAGUGCAAGGCCAUGCACGAACGCGUGGAGGAGAUGAUUUGCGAGCAAACCAUGGCGGAUAUGAUGUAUUUCACCGAGAACGACGGGAAACUUCGUCUGGAUUCAUAUGGCAUGUAAAUAAAGCAACUG